GGAGGAGGGAACUUCCUUUUCCGGUGGCAACAUGGCGAAGGCCCGCGUGGUGCCCAGCGACUUGUUCCCGUUAGUGUUCACGUUCUUGAGGGAAAAUCGCUUCGACGAGGCGGCGCGCGCUUUCCGAAAGGCGACUGGCGUGACAGAACAGGAUUCCAAUGCUGCUUCUCUCCUUGAUGUCUUCAACUGCUGGCUCAAAUCACCUGAAGCGAAAAAGCGGCAGGCUGUUCUCAAUGGUCCUCCUGCAAAGAAGGCAAAGAAAGAAUCUUCAUCCAGUUCUGACAGCUCUAGUGAAGAUGAGAAGCCCCCAGCCAGAAAACAAGCUGGUAAAGUGGCCACUGUAAUAAAAGUGCCAGUAAAGACAGCUCCUGGCAGUGCAGUGAGCAGCAGUGAUGACUCCAGUGACUCUUCAGACUCUGAGCAAGAAAAGAAGAAGCCAACAAAGAAGGGACCGGAUCUUAAGAUAAAGAAGACACCCAAUCUAAAAACAAAUCCUCAGAAGAAGUCUAGCAGUUCUAGUUCAGAUUCAAGUAGCUCAGAAGAUGAAGCUCCAAAGAAGCAGCCACCAAAGUCAGUGGGAGUUAAAAAAGCAACAAAACCAUCUUCAAAAUCAGCUACAAAAGAAAUGAAGAUAGUGCCCAAAGUUGCCAAUGGCAAGGCAGACAGUAGUAGCAGCAGUGACAGCAGCAGCAGCAGUGAAGAUUCUGAUGCAGAAAAGAAGGUAGCUGUGAAGAACCAGGCAAAGAAAGUUCCACAGUCAAAACCUGAAGUUCCUCGACCACCCACGGAUAAAGGCAAAACUCUGAAGAAGGACAGCAGCAGCAGCAGUAGUGAGGAUUCUUCAGACAGUUCAGAGGAUGAAAAGAAAUCCUCAAAGCCCAAGAAAGGGCAAUAUAGUGCUGUGCCACCCCCUGUCUCCCUAGAGUCAGCAAAAGGCAAACAACAGAUUACUGUAAAAACCUCUAAGAAAAAGAUGCAACAAACUGACAAAAAGGAACAAAUGUCCAAGAAGAAAAAAACAACUGAAGAACCAGUAGCUAAAAAGGCACCUACCCCCAAAUCUGCUCCUGUUCCUACCCAAAAAGGAGAGACUAGCUCAGAGAGUGAUUCAGAUUCUAGCUCUGAAGAAGAGAAGAAGGUGCCAGUCAAGCUCGCUGCAAAAUCUGCUACAACAAAGGGUGCUGUCAAACCAGCUCAAUUGAAGAAAGACACCAGCUCCUCAGAUAGCUCAGAUUCUGAUAGCUCUGAGAAUGAGGCUCCUGUGAAGUCUGCAAAAAGACAAGAUACAAAAAUAGUGAAAAAGACUCCUGGGGUAGCGACGGCAAAGAAAACAGAUAGCAGCACUGUGAAUAACAAAACUCCUAAAAAAAUCUGUACCACAAAGACAGCUAAACCAGCCAAGUCCAGUAACCUUGCCUCUAAAUCAAGCAGUUCAGACUCAAGUAGCUCAAGCAGUGAAGAAGAACAGAGCAAACCUGCCCAGAAGCCAGCUAACAAGGUGGGAGGAGGCAAAAGUGUGCCGGCCAGUAAGCAGGCAGCAGCUGAAAGCAGCAGCUCUUCAGAUAGCUCCAGUGAUGAAGAGCUUGAAGAGACAGGAGGAGUGAAAAAGAAACUCAAGAAAAGUUGCAGUUCAUCUGAGAAAAAGAAACCAAAGACUUCAUUGAACUCAACAGGCAAACCGACAGCAUCAAAGAAUGUAAAAGCUGAAGCAGCUUGUGUUGCAGAGAGCAGCAGUUCUGAUGAAGGGACCGUGAAUGGAGGUCCCACCAAGAAGAAACGGAAGAGGGAUGGUGAUCAGGAGUUGGAGACACCAAGAAAUAAGAUGAAGCCCAGAACUCCACAUACGUUCCCCAAGACAAAGCGGCAGUCUAGUCCUUUCCGCAGAGUAAAAGUAGAAGAGGUGAAAGUAGAUGCACGGGUAGCAGACAAUUCAUUUGAUGCUAAGAAAGGAGCUGCAGGUGACUGGGGUGAGAAAGCAAAUGAAGUCCUAAAAUUUACCAAGGGCAAAUCCUUCCGGCAUGAAAAGACAAAGAAGAAAAGGGGAAGUUAUUGUGGUGGCGCUAUCUCUACGCAGAUAAACUCCAUCAAGUUUGAGAGUGACUAAGUUUCAGUUACUUCAACAGAAUUUCAUGCUUCACCAUUUUGAAUGAUGAAAUGGUGAAUAUCAUUUCUGCAAAGGAUUGACUUAACAUAGCCACCUCUACUAUUAAUCUGAGCAGAAAGUUGCCAGUUAAGUUAAAUGGCAAAACUUUAAAAAUGUGACUUUUAAUGGAGAUGUAUGAUUGUUCCUGUGGGAUUUUCUGGGCAUUUCCAGUUAUGUAUCAUUUUACUUUAAUUUUAGGUGGGAGGAGCAUAGCUCCUGCAAACCUGAUAAAACAAUAUGUGUUUAGGC